GAGCGGGUUCGAAGCGUACAUACGUUCUCGUGCAUUUUCUAAUCGUCGAAGCCACACACAACAGGGUUGCACCAAUGGGCGGCAAGUGGCACGAGGCAAUCAACUGAUCGAAUGAAAAGGUGUAAAAACCCGAGGUCUGUCCGUCUGUCUCCCACUCCUCCAGCGACCUACGGCUUAGGAGACUAAUCGGUGCACAUACGAUACGAACGUCACACAUCUUCUUUUUAAACGUUGACAAGCGACGUCCCCGCCAGUAGUGACUGAACCUUGGAUCAUUUUUGAACAGCGCCAUGAACGCUUCCGCCUUUUGCACCUGCGUCAUCAGCGCGCUAAUUGCGGUGACCUUUGCUGUAAUACCACCGUACAUAAAGGUAUGCAAUCGGAAUGAUCCUGAAAUAAAUAAGUGUAUUGCCAAUUCGAUCGAACACUUACGAGAGAAGCUAGCCACGGGGAUUCCGGAACUGGACGUUCCAGCGAUCGAACCAUUCAGGUUGGAUAACUUACGCUUGUUAAGAGGCCCGAGUAGCGCGAGUCUCGAUUUGAACCUCACAGAUAUACAGGUGAGAGGACCGUCCAUGUUCGAGGUUCAUAAUUUAAAAACCGAUGUAAACAAACUAGUCUUCACAUACGACCUCACUUUCAAGAAGCUGGAAUUCAAGGGAAAAUAUUCAGUAAACGCGCGAAUAUUGUUGCUUCAGUUGGACGGAGUUGGGAAUCUCACCGGAUACUUCGACAACUACUCCGGUAACGUGAUUAUGAAAGCUAAAAAGGUCCGCAGAGAUAACAAUAUUUACUUGCAUUUCGACAAGAUGAAAUUCAACAUCAAGAUAAGCAAAGCCUUCUUCGAACUUGAUAAUUUGUUUAAUGGCGAUAAAGUUCUUGGAGACGCAACCAACCAACUUUUGAACGAAAACAACGAUGUGAUUCUGCAAGAGAUAGUUCCCUUAUUGAAAAAUUCCCUGGAGAAACUCUUCACGGACAUCGCCAACAAAAUCACCCAAACCUUCACAUAUGAAGAACUGUUUCCGAAUAAUUAGCCACCAUCGAUCCUUAAACGUGGAUCAAUCGGGCUGAAUUGUUUACGCGUUGAUUCUUGAGCAAUGAUAAUCGCCGACUUUAUAUGUCGACAAGUUGAACGCAUUUUUACAAAUUGUUCUGUUUUCAUUCUUCGUUUGUAUUAUAAUAUUUACGUAGGGCGUGUAUUUGUAGUCUAUAAGAGUAUUCACCGAGAGUCCAACCGUUUUUACUCGAAUGCACUCGAACUAUCGCGAUCAUGUUUGACGUGAAGCAAAAAUUUUCUUUCUCCUCGGGCGACUAUCAGACUAUUUGUUUCAGCAAGAUCGACCAUUACGUUGGAUUACAUAAAUACUACUGUGAUAAAAAAAUAAGGUGAAUUUUUUCAUUUAAACUUCGCGGGUACUAUAAAAUCAUGAAAUUAUUUUUCGGUGGGUUGGUAGCACUGUCUUUGACAUCUAUGCAGAGUUUCAUGUCAAUAUAUUCAAUUGCUGCGGAGCUAUACGUGUUUUUGUAAACAUACAAAAGUGAGUUUUUCGAUUUUUACUAUGUCUGAUUUUGUUGAGCAAAGAAUUUGCAUUAAAUGUUGUUUGCGGAAUGAAUAUUCUGCCGCGGAAACGUUGAGGAUGUUGCAGAAGGCCUUUGGUGAUAAGGCUAUGUCGCAGAAAAAUGUUUACAAGUGGUAGAAAGACUUGAAAACCGCGCCAAAGUCGCUCAAAAAUCAAGCUCAUGUUGACAAGUUUUCUUCGAUUAUCGCGGUGUUGUGCAUUAUGAAUUUCUUCCGCCAGGCCAAACUGUUACCAAGGUAUAUUAUUUGAGUGUUAUGCGUCGUUUGCGCGAAGCUAUUCGCCUCAAGAGACCAGAAUUAUGGACAGACAAUUCUUGGUUUUUGCACCACGAUAACGCACCGUCCCACACCUUGCAUUGGUUCUUCGAGCACAUUUCGGCAAAAAUUCGAGCCACAUCGUUCCACGACCAACGUAUUCGCCUGAUUUAGCACCGUGCGACUUCUGGCUGUUCAACAAA